CCAUCCCGCUCUUCACUUUAUUAUUGCAAAAAUUGGUCAUGGGUGAAGGGGGUGACUCGAUGCACCCCUGCAUGCCACACCUUGCCGAUCCAUUCCCCGACACGUCAAACACACAUGGGCGCGGCGAGCCGCUCUCUGCUCCGCAUAACUGUCACAAGAUGGCUGAGUUGUUUUGGCCGUUGUGGCUUUCACUGACAGCCCUGAUUUGGGGACCGUCCCGACUGGGCUGGGAUUGGGCUCGCAGACGGCUGGUAUCAAUGUGGUUCCGCCUAUAUCGUAUGUGUUAAGGUCUCCUGCCAACACGGCUCCGCGAUAUCUGGUGGUCUUGGAUGAUAGGGCUACCUAAGUUGGGAUUGCUUCACCCUUAUACCGACGAUUGCGUUGGAUCCUUUCGUUAUGUGAACUGCACGUCUCUGUCCACGCAUUCAUUUCUUCAUCCGUGUUUUUAGGAACAAUGACGUCCACGCCGGGUGGCUUUGAGAUUCCUCCUUCGUUGCUGCCAUAUCUACUUCACGAGAAGACAGACGACAGCACCCUCCAACCCCUGCUCCUCAAAGUCAACAUCGUAUUUGUGAUUGUUGUCAUUUUUGCAACGAGCUUGCGAUUCACAGUUCGAUUUCGAAUGCUCCGCUCUGCAGGACUAGAUGACAUACUCAUGAUCUUAGCCUUAGUAUUUGCCCUCCUUCUUUCGGUAGCUUGCCUUGUAGGAGAACACUAUGGGCUCGGAAAACACAUUUGGAAUCUAAACAGCAACCUCCUUGAACUUGCUUAUGACGUUGGCCGAGUCACGAAAGCUCUUUACGGCUGCUACCUCGCAUACUCGACCUCUAUCACUUUCUGUAAACUCUCCAUCAUCGCCACUUACACGAGGAUCUUCCCAAAUGGAGCUCUACGAUAUAGCAUCUACGCGAUUGGAGUCGUGGUUAUCAUUUUCUGGAUCACAUCCGUCUUUUGCAUCAUCUUCACGUGUGUACCAGUAGAAGCAGCGUGGGACUAUAGUAUCACGGACGCGAGGUGCAUCCAUAUUCUUGAUUACUUCUAUACCUGCGCUGGGGUGAAUAUCGCUACAGAUCUCCUGCUUUGUUUCCUCCCCCUUCCAACCAUCUGGAAGUUGCAGAUGCCAAAGGCGCAGCGCAUCGUUGUCUGCAUCAUAUUCGGCAUGGGAACUUUUGCAUGCGUAGCAACAAUCCUCCGACUCACCCAACUCGUCCACCUCAACGGUAUCGACGUGCCAUACCAAUCAAUAGGCUCCCUAAACUGGUCCCUAAUUGAAGUCGGCACGGGCAUCGUGUGCGCCUCCAUCUCCUCUCUCCGCCCCCUCGCAACUCGCUACCUCCCGCGGGCAUUCGCGCACUUCACACAGCACACUUUGGACCUACCGUCUCUCCACCUUAACAACACUGCUACAUCUACAUCUGCGAUCACGAGCAAAGGCGCACCCCAGACGGCGAAGCGGAGUAUGACCGAUAGUAGCAUAUAUGUGGAGCGGAGUUUUGACGUCACGGAGAUGGAUACGUUAGAGAAUGGAGAGGUGAAGAAGGAUGGGGAAGAGCCGGAGAGGGUCCAUCGUGAAGUUUGGACGGAGGAGUCAAGAGGAUCAAGUCAGGAGGUGCUGGUCAGGGAUUUUGAGCCGGCCAUUGCGAGGUAAUGCGUUUUUGGGUUAUAAUUGGAUUGGAAUAGAAACACAAAAGCCUCGGGGCCAUGUUCAUGUUCAUGUUCAUGUUCAUGUUCAACCAACAUAUUCGGCUUCACGAGU